UAUCAGGUGUUAGCUAUGUCAUAUUGCACUUUCGUUCUCCGCGCACUUCCUUGUUCUUCUUCACACAAAAAGCUGUACAUGGCUCCUCUCUCGCCUCUCAAGGGUUUCGCCGAGCUUUUAUCGGCAAACUCCCAUCCUCUGAUCUCAAAACAUUGAAAAUUUAAUCAUUCAUUCAUUCAUUUCAAUCCUCAUAGGAUUGUAUCUACCUCUGCCGAUUCAUCCAAUUGGGAAAGAUCCGUGCGAGGAAUUUGGCCGGAGCUGCGCGUCGUUGUUUGUAUUCUAAGUUGCUAUGGCGUGAGAGGUGGUGUUUCGCGUUGCUUGGAUGAUAGAGGGAGAGCUCGAAGAUCUGAGGAUUUGGUUUGAGUUUGAUUCUGAUUUGUGGAGGUCGCGAUGGAUGUGGAUUUCAAUGGUGAUGUGGCCAGCCUAGACACGGAGCUAUUGCUGCUUCCGGACUUUUCUCCAUUGGCCAUCAAAACGAAUGCGUAUCUCGUUGAGAAGCUCUUUGAUGAAUGGCUCUCGGUUCCAGAUACGAUUACUUUGGUAAAAACUUUGGUCAGUAAUGCCAAGGGUGGUUGUUCCUUAGGUGUCUCAGGAACUUCUUCAAGCAGUAGUGCUGCCACAAGCAAUUCUUUGCCUUCUAUCUUUCCUGCUGGCAAUGCACCUCCACUUUCACCACGAAGUUCUUCGGGUUCACCUAGAACCGUGAAGCAGAGGGCAGGGCCUUCUAAUUUAGGUUCCCCUCUGAAAUUAGUGAUUGAACCGGUUAAAGAGCUGAUACCACAGUUCUACUUUCAAAAUGGCAUUCCACCUCCAAAUGAAUUGAAAGAACGGUGUUUGUUUCGAACCAAUCAGAUUUUCUAUGGUCAUAUAGAUGGAAUACCAAUGCAUGAAUUCAAACUAUUAACUAAGGAAAUAUGCAAGAUACCAUCAUUCUUCUCUACUUCUCUUUUUAGAAAGAUUGACGUAAGUGGCACUGGGAUUUUGACCAGGGAUGCCUUUGUUGAUUACUGGAUCAAUGGUGGUAUGUUGACUAAAGAUAUAGCAACCCAAAUAUUCUCAAUCUUGAAGCAGCCAGAUCUCAAGUAUCUAACACAGGCGGACUUCAAACCAGUGCUUAGAGAACUUUUGGCUACUCAUCCAGGGUUGGAAUUCUUACACGGUACACCUGAAUUUCAAGAAAGAUAUGCUGAAACUGUUACAUACAGAAUGUUUUACUACAUAAACAGAUCGGGUAACGGCCGUCUUAACCUCAGGGAGCUGAAACGUUCAGACCUAAUUUCUGCAUUGCAACAUGCAGAUGAAGAAGAAGAUAUCAACAAGGUCUUGAGGUACUUCUCCUAUGAACACUUCUAUGUCAUAUAUUGCAAGUUUUGGGAGCUGGAUACAGAUCAUGAUUUUCUCAUUGAUAAAGAGAACCUUAUUAGAUAUGGUAACCAUGCACUUACUUAUCGGAUUGUUGAUAGAAUAUUUUCUCAGGUUCCAAGAAAAUUCACGAGUAAGGUUGAAGGAAAGAUGGGUUAUGAAGAUUUUGUUUACUUCAUAUUGGCAGAGGAGGAUAAGCCAUCUGGGCCUAGUCUUGAGUACUGGUUCAAGUGUAUAGAUUUGGAUGGAAAUGGGAUUCUGACAAGGAAUGAAAUGCAAUUUUUUUAUGAGGAGCAGCUGCAUAGAAUGGAAUGCAUGGCCCAAGAGCCUAUACUUUUUGAGGAUAUUUUGUGCCAAAUGAUUGACAUGAUUAAUCCAGAGAAUGAAAACUUUAUUACGUUACAUGACUUGAAGGGCAGCAAGCUUUCAGGCAGUGUUUUCAACAUUCUUUUUAACCUCAACAAAUUCAUGGCAUUUGAAACUCGUGAUCCUUUCCUGAUUCGUCAGGAGCGAGAGAACCCAAAUAUGACCGAGUGGGAUCGGUUUGCACACAGAGAAUAUAUUAGGCUUUCAAUGGAGGAAGAUGCUGAAGAUGCCUCCAAUGGAAGUCCUGAUAUGUGGGAUGAAUCACUUGAAGCUCCCUUUUAACUUUUUGUUGUUGGAUACAAGGCAUACAGAAUCAUGUUUGGCCUGGCUAUUGAACAUCAAAGGGCAAAUUGUGCACACCAAAUCUUCAAGGGGAUGACCGGAGAUGACUCAAUCUGUCAAAUUCACAAAAAAAAAAAAUUGAAAAAAAAGGUCCCUUGAGAUUGAGGGACGAUUGAUAAUUCCUUCUACACAGAACUUGUUUAACCAAGUAAAGUUUCAUACUACACAAGCUCCUGGCUUGAAUACCGAGUCUCUUGUCAAGUCACGCAAAUGGUGUGAUUAAACAGAAGCAGAGUCUUGUUCACAGCUUGUAGAACUUUGUUCUUUGUCUAGAUGUAAGGAACCACACUUAUUACUUGUUCUAGAUAGUGCUUCCAAGAAUGUUUUUCUUAUAAGUGGUUCAGUUUUUCUUUUUUGGUUGGUAUAUAUAGGUUCGCUUUGUUAGGUUGUAAGGUUUCGUCUGUUUUUCACCUUUCUUUUCUUUGCAAUUGAGACAUUCAUAGCAGCCUGAAUAGUUGUGGCAGCCAUGUGUAAUGAUAUUUUCCAUUGCCCAAUACUUGGUCAUAGUAAUCUGUUUCUAAUGUAAUGGGCAUCACCCAUAAACUUGUUUGAGAGUUGAUAAAUAUGGCAAUCAGGAAGUUCCUUAGUUACUUGAUAAA